GUGAGACUUGAUAAGAAGGAAACUAUUUGGGCACAUGGUGAGAGUAGAAGUUGGUAGGAGUUUUGUUCCCAAAGAUGCCUGUGACUGUGAAUGGGGGGGAAAAUUGCCUUAUUUCUUUGGAUGUUGGUGAAUAAGAGACUUCAGUGUCCAUUCAGACUUCGCUUUCUGGCACUGCACACAAGUAGUGCACAUCCUGGCUUGGUGGACAAGCCGCUGCUUAUCAGACCUGUAUUGCCAUUGACCCAGUUUGCACAGCCCCCUGACUGGCUAUAAGGACCUUCAGCUGUUUGAUGCAGGAGGAAUUUUGAAACAGCGUUAGAGAUUAAAAUCAUGGCAAAUGAAAAGGCAGGGGCUUGCCUUCUCAGGCUGCGUGUCAGAGCUCUGAACAUUGCAGCAGCCUGGGGUUGCUUGAUGGCUUCAGUAACAGAUGCCAGAUACAGGCAGAAAGAUACUUCAGAUCAAAAUUUUGAUUACAUGUUCAAACUCCUGAUCAUUGGCAACAGCAGCGUGGGGAAAACAUCCUUCCUCUUCAGAUACGCCGAUGACACUUUUACACCAGCCUUCGUUAGCACAGUAGGAAUUGACUUCAAAGUGAAAACAGUUUAUAGGAAUGACAAACGAGUGAAACUGCAGAUUUGGGAUACAGCUGGACAAGAAAGAUACAGGACCAUCACUACAGCCUACUACCGAGGAGCUAUGGGCUUCAUCCUCAUGUAUGAUAUCACCAGUGAAGACUCUUUCAAUGCAGUGCAGGACUGGGCCACACAAAUCAAGACUUACUCCUGGGACAACGCACAAGUGAUUCUUGUUGGAAACAAAUGCGACAUGGAGGAUGAAAGGAUUGUUCCUUUGGAGAAGGGGAAGCAUCUGGCUGAUCAGCUAGGUUUUGACUAUUUUGAAGCUAGUGCCAAAGAAAACAUCAACGUAAGGCAGGUGUUUGAGCGUCUCGUGGAUAUAAUCUGUGAAAAGAUGUCGGAGAGUAUAGAAUCAGACUCUUCCAGGGGCACUUCUGGAAGGAAUGUGCGGCUCACAGACAACCCACCCCCUUCGCAGCAGAACUGCUCGUGUUAGUGACCUUUCUUGCUGAGAAAUGUCCUUCUCCUUUCCUGACUAAAUUUUCUCUUUUCAUUUGUGAUGGUGCAUUAUCAUGUAAUCCAAAGGCAGAAGUCUCUGUUGUAGGAAACUGGUAUGUUUGUUUAAUGUGCUGGAGUGUUUAAUAUUAUGUAUUUCCUCAUCUGAUAAUUUAAAAAAAAAAAAAAAAAGAAUAAAUAUCGUAAGUGCACCUAGUGUUAACGUGUGAGUUACGCUGAAGAAAAAGAAUUGUAUAAUGUUGCAAAUGUGAUUUCCACAGAGAGUGUUGCAUUUUUAAUGAAAAAGUCUACUAUAGCAGAAAGAGUUCUGUCAA